AUGGAUAUGUUCCAAUGCGCCUUGCAGGUCAUUCGGAAGCGCUAUCCGCUCGCGUUUAGCCAAGACUUGAGGCAGCUAGUCUCGGAGUAUCCGCCACGAGAAGCCUUCAAGCAAACCGAAAUGCCGCUACAGGUCACCGGCGACUGGGUUGAUUACAUGAAUACCGUAGCUAUUUCUAUGAAUACCGCAGAACAAGGUGUGUCGAGCUCGUUGUGGCAUCUGGCCAGAGGCGACCUCGUCGACAAUGGCAUAGUCACCAGCUACGUUCAGCUAUUGCGAUCAUCUUACCCAGAUUCCCAACUUUUGGGCCCAGUAACCGUCGCAUCAGGCGACUUGGAGGCAGCUGCUAGACUCUGCGAUACUUCGGGCGCGGCUACACUCAUCCCAUGCAAUCUUGAUGGGUGGUGGUUUGUGGCUGUUGCCUACGCAGACUGCGUACAGCUGUACGGAGCGCAGGUCGAAAACAUUAUGAAACUGGAGCAACAGUUUCAAGCCUCGUUUCAUAGACCGACUGUUCGUAUCUCUGAGCCACUCGCCACGACGCAGCCGGAGGACACUGUGAUACUAACGCUGUUGAGCUUGAGAAUACUGGCUGGCGGAGGUGUGCCGAUACUAUCUGCCGAGACCGCAUUCCUGCAAAAGUCGCGAGCGCGAAUAUUCAUCGAGCUCUUGACAAACAGCCUGGAUGCGAAGGAUUCCGAUGUCUCCAACCGGCUUAAGGAAGCGCAAGUGGAGAACUCCGUCUUUUUCGAUGAAGCCUUCAUAGACGAAGAGGAUUCUCUUUCGCCAGUCCGCUCGACCUUCACAGCAGACAUGCAAGAUGGUGACGAUUUUGCCUCAGGUUUCUCUCCUGAGUCAUCCCGGUCGUCUCCACCAGCCAGAGAAAUCUCUCACUCAACAGGACGAGGUUCUGGUGUGAAUGACAGUGCAUCGGCUCAGAAGUUAACCUCACUGCGUAGUGGCCGAGUACUCGACAUGGGCAAAUACGGAUUGCCGCCGAGCAUGCCUCGAGAGUGCAGAAUCGUUCUCGAUGCGCUAAGCGAGGCUGUGGCCUUCUACCGGAACUCUCGUCUGUCGGAAAGCUCCGAACUCGCAGUGAUAUGGUCCGCUAUCAGGAGCGGCUCCAAAAGCGAGUUCUACCGGCGUUACAGCGGUGUGCUGUUUCACAAGAAGAUGGCCCGUCUCAGCAGCCACCAGGAGAUUGCUCUAUGUCUGAAGACCAGCAUCACCAUGGCCGAGGUAAGAGAGAUGAGGCGUCUACAGUCAGAAUUCCAGAUCUGCUGCGCCGUGACUGGGGGCUAG